UUGGGCGUUACACAACAUUCUUUGUUUCGCGUGACGUCAAUUUUGCUCCGUUUAAGUUAAUUUUGAAAUUUUUAAAAACUUCGUUUUGCCUACAGAUGUUUUGUGCUGUAGAAGAUUGCGCAAACCCAAAAUCGAAAAAUCGUUACUUUCCGUUUCCAAAGGAUGCCAAGCUAUGUGAGAAGUGGGCGCUUUUCUGCCGGCGCACGGAUGAGAUAAAUACCAAGCUCGAGAAGAUCUGUGUGAAGCACUUCCAGGCCGACGACUUUGAAAGAGAUUUGCCAUACGAGCUGGGCGUGUACAGCAAGCCACGCCCACUAAAACUAAAGCUGGACGCGGUGCCCAGCGUGCAUAACAAGCAGGAGGAGGAGGAGGAGGAGGCGGAGGAGGAGUACCUAGAGAUCGGUUACGUUGAGGAGCAGAAAGCGUUUAGCUAUGGGCUAGAAUCGAAGAAAUCGCGCCAAGCGAAGGCUGUGGCACAGCGAAAACAAGUUGUGGAUGCGCUCAUAACGGAGUAUGAUGAGCAGCAGCACCAGCUGGAGAAUAAUUCCAUGGACAGCGAUGUGGAUGAGGAGGAUGAUAUGGAAGAGCUGCCGGCUGAGGAAGUUGUGCAGGUGGUGGUCGAUGCCGAGGCCUAUCUCACAGCUCUAGAGCGAGAAAACACGGAUCUGAGGCGUGAGAACUUUAAACUGAAGCUUGCCGCGGAAAAAGAUGCGGCAACAAUAGACAAGCUGCAAAAACAGCUGGACAAAUGCAAGGAGCGCUAUGAUGAAUUGUAUGACAAUCUGAGUAGAACCUUCUCCAAGGCACAAAUCCAAAAACUGCAAAGCGGCAAACGCGUCGUCUGGCUGAAGCGAGAUCUGCGCGACUCGUGUGUGCUCUAUGCAACCAGUCCAAGUGCCUACAAUAUGCUGCUCCAAAAGGGCUAUCCCUUGCCGUCCAAGAGAACGCUGCAGCAUUGGGAGCGAGUCCAGCGCCUUGAGCAGAACGACGAUGAGAUCCAGAGCUGCGGCACGUUAGAUCAAAUUGAGGAGCAGCUGGAACAGGAGAGCUGCCAGCUGAUAGAAGUUGUAGACAUAACGCAUGUAGAUCAUAAUUAUGUUAACAAUAUAUUAGCCGAGCUUUAAUUAUGUGUGUGAUUAUUAUAGAAGCAUAUAUAUAUAAGUAAAAUAUUUGAUUAGCAA